CGAGCGCGUGUGCACGCCGAGAACCCUCUUCCUCUUCUCUCUCUCUGCUAUAAACCUUCUUCAACCUGGGCACGACUUGUCGAGUCAGCCAGUCAGCCGUGCACCAUUGUCGAAAGAUCGUCCGGGUAGCCGACACUCUUCGCUUCGCGAUCUCUUCCGUUCUCUCUUCCGUUUUUCAAAUAUCUGGCGAUCCGUCAGAUUUUACAGUUUAAUUCGAGCAUCUAUCUAUAUUUUUUUUUUUUUAUCAUUCUGUCGCUUCUUUCUCGCGAACGUUUGGUGUCUCUUCUUUUCCGCCCAGUAGUUGACGCGCGGGUUCGUAUUAGUGGGUGCGCCGAAAAAAAAGUUUGUCUCGCGUCUCUUCGCGGUCGUCCGGGGGUGCGUGUGUGUGUUAUCAUAUAUGAAGAUCACCGCGUUAGCGGUGAUUCGAUGUGUCGUUGAGCAGUUAAUUGAGAUAUAGUGCGAAGAUGCGGAUGCAGAUAUUGAAGAUUGUGGUGGUCCUGCUUGUCGCGGGAUCGGGGGAUGCCAGACCUCAGAAAAGUGGCGACAUAAAUUCGGCAACGCAAGCGGAAAGGGGCGACGCGGAAUGGAAAGAUGUUCAAGCCCGGAACAAGACGCACGAUACAAUUCGGGACGAUAGCAGUGAGCAGCUAAAUGUCACUCACCGUGACUUGAAGGAUCUGCAAUAUAUGGAUCAAUCCUUGAGAACCGUCGCCACUCAACUUCUCAACGUUACGAAUCCGCAGGACGUGAUAAAAGUGCAUAACAAAGAGUUCACCAAGGUAGAACAUGGCAUCGCGACGACGCUGAAAUCCUCGGAAAAAAACGACACAUCAUCGUUGACAAGAGAAAUUACUUCAGAAACCGGUCACUCGGAGUCCACUGGCUUAACUUUCGGCAGGCCGAUAAAUUCCAAGUUCAGUUACUUCGAGAGUAGCCAUCCUGGCCAGGCAAUGGCGAUAACGGAAGAGGAGCUCGAGCGGGAGAUGAGCUCUACGAGACUGAUGACCGCUUAUAAGAAUCAUCCGACAACUACCGGUGGUAUUUCCACGUGGAUCCUGCUGAAUCCGCCGUCCACAACUGUAAAGAGCGCGGAGGUUGAAAAAGUGAAGCUACAACAACCUUUCCAGACGGAAGUACGACUGACAGUCAGACCAAGUUCGUCGAUCGACAGAGUGGAAACAGUCUCACAGCCUAAUAAGACAGUAGAGAAGAGCACGUCGCAAUUGACCCCCGUGAUAACCACGGAGAAGGUAACCGUGAUCACGAAAAAACCGACUACAACAGCCAUGAAGAAGAUCACAACUACUCUAAGACCGGAGAAAGGCACUCCGGAUUCGGAGAAGUUAGAAUCCUCUUCGGGUGUGACUUUAAAAGUUCGCACCACAACUGUAAGCACCUUGACGAGCGAAGGAAUAGCUUCUUCAACAAUCAUUUCUACGACGAAGAAGAGUCAAGGAACGCGAACCACUUCUAAACCAAAGAUUACUACGCCGAGAACGACAAAGCCGACGAGAUCAGGUCAGCAAGGUAGACCAAAGCCUACCACGACAAGAAGAACCACGAUCAAACUCGAAACAACGAAAAACGAUUCUUCCGCGUCGACCGGUAAGAUUGAGAAGGUGACCUUCAAACCUGUUCAAAUCAUCACGACUCCGCAAAACAAACAGGAGAGUACAGAAAAACCGAUAUUUGUCACUAAGAUAAAAGCUUCGGUGCUCAUGGACAAUCAGAAAGCCCCAACCACUUUACUUCCGACAUCGGUAGCAACCACCCCAAGUUUCGAUAUCACGUCUAAAGAGGUUUUGUCCGGCGUCGACCUCGUGGAAGUACCAGUGAGAUCGAAGCCAACUGGCACGAAGGUGAAUAACGUAUUGAAAGUGCAGUUGAAAAAGCCUGUGGACGAGGCUACGCAAAUCGAAAUAGAGCCGAUUAAAGUGAACGCGCCGGUCCUGAAAAUCGAGAAGAUCGACAAAGACAAGAUGGAGCAGAUCGUGGAGAAGGAUACAAAUAAUCUGAGUAACUCCAAGAUAGACUUACAAUUCGACUUUAAUCCCGAACUGACGAAGAUUAACGUAGAAACGCAAACGGAAGUGACAUCGACAACGACGACCGCGACGACAGCGUCGACCACGACUAAACGUCCGAGACACAGUUCGAAGAGGAAGAAGAACAAAGUUCGCAGACGCAAGCCAGCCACGACUUCGGUAGCGCCAAGUUCGACGACAGUCGCGACCAUCGUCUCCUCUUUGAUGGAGACCAGCGAGGGUAUCACGGACGCCAGCUUCUUAGAUAACGCGAUCCAGGAAUCAAAGAUCGCACCCGAGACAAAGAUUACAGCAAACGCGACGAAGAACAAGAAGAAACAGCCACCGAAAGCGAUCGGCACUCAAAUCUACAACUUCCUCAGUCGCGAGGUGAUGCCUAGCUUCGGCGUGAUGUCGCUGGUGGGUCUGGGUCUCGGUUUAGCCUCAUACUUCCUGUAUCCCUUCGGCGGUACCAUCGCCCGAAGGAACUAUGACAUAGAGCAAAAUUACAAAUAUAAUCCGGACGAGUACGGCGGUAAUUACGGACAGAGCGAGGAGGAGGUGUUAUCCAAGGUGUUUCAAGGUAUGACGAAUCACGAAAGCAAGUACCCGGGGAUGAAUAAUGCCAAUAGUAAUUAUUAUCAUUACCAGCAUUACGACGGUGCAUAUGAUGCACAGACGACGAAGAAGACCGACGCGAGAUAUCCAUCGAUAUCCACGUCGUCCGUUUAUAAAACGAUAGAGAACACCCAGCCAGCAGUUAAGUAUCGGAACACGGACUUUAGAUAUAGCGAUAUUCAAACCACUCCGGUUUAUUACGAUCACAAGCAUUCGGCAGAAAUCGCGGGAUCGGCGAAUCGACAGUUUGUAGUCGGUAACGUACCCAAAGAAUAUCCUUUUGACGUGAAAGCGGCCGCCUUGCCGAUAAACAGCAAGAACGGCGUUAAUUACGUAUCAACCGAGAUCGGGCAAACGCAGUUCGAGAGGGACAUCGCGCAAGGUUUCAACUUCCCACCGAACUCAGCUGAUGUGCACAAUUACGGUCACCUGUCAGAAGCGUCAACUGUCAGAUCGGACGAUGGAUAUGAAGAGAUUGAGAUAACGCCGACCGCGGUAGCCGUCGAACAUGGACCGCGAUCUCUCAAGGUCAAACGCGCCAUUGGUACCAGCGAAAGUGACCGACACUCGAGGCCGAAGAGAGAGUCGGUAAUACAGGUGAUACCGUCGAAACACGAAUUGGAAGAGGAGCGCGAAGAAGCGGAGAAGGAAGAGGACUUGAGCAACGAGAUUCUAGACAUUAUCGACUCGGCACUACCUGGUGGAGAGCAACUAAAGACGAAGAAUAAUAGCGAGGACAACGAAGUAGAAGAUUUCGAGGGGCAGAGGAGGAAACAGCAGGAGGAAGCUAAUACACGAGUAAAGGAAUCAACCAUGAAGACUCUUAUCACCAUAAAAAAUAUAGAAAACGCAAAAACGACGAAUUUCCCCGAAAGCGCGUCAUCUAUUCCCAAGAUCGUCGAGCAAGCAAAUGACGGUGGUUCAAGUAUCUCUUCGGAAACUUCUUCUGAUCGAGAUACUACAGAGACAAACUCCGCGAGCACGACAUCGAAUCCGAAAAAUUCUGAAGCGAUAACUGUCGAAUGGUUCGAGAGCUCGACCACGAAGAAGCCGCCAGAAGGCUUUAGCCUUUUCAAUUUCGUCAAGAAAGUGGCCGAGAUCAAGUUCAGGCUGGGCUUGACGAUCCUCAAGCACGCCAGCGAAGGAUUCGCGCGAUAUCUAGGUCACGUGCAAAAGAGGAUCAACGGCGAGGAAUGAGGGUGAUCGGGCAUAACAAACUGAAGAAGCAGCGAUAAAUUGACUGGCGAUAAAAGCUUUCGCGCUUUAAUUUUUACGUUUCGAUCGCGUUCUCCAAUCUACCCUACGCGGCGUGCGUUUGCUUCAAACGUUAUUCGCGAAGAACCUCGUAAAGAAGAAGCAGCGCACAUCUUUCCCGACAUCUUCACGGUCGAUUCGAGACGCGAUUUCACGGACGAUCAUUUUUAUCUGUUUGUAUCGCCGAUAAAUGAUCGUCCUUUCACUUAGAAAGCUAAAACGAUGAAGAGAAACACAAACUACUGUUACAUCGGUUAACGCGUGGCGUCUUCCUCUUCAAAGUAUGGGAUUUUUCGCCAGGAUCGAUGCUCGACGCGCGAGAGAUCGACGACAAUGUACUUCAGUUUUACGUUUAAAUGUUUGAUUAAUUUGACGAGCUUUAAUAUCGGUUUUCGGAUCCUCGCGCGCGAAUGCACGACACGCAACAUGACGAGAUUUUAAUACACUUCUUCAGACUCAAAAGUAGCGCGGCAGUUUGGUGGAGGGGUUUCGAUAAAUUUCUUCCUUCCAGAAAAUCGCAAUUAAAUUUUUAUUGAAGAUCCUUGUAUCUCUUCACAUAAUUUACUAAUUUGGUAUGCGUGCUGCUCUCAUUUUGUCUCGCCAAAGAGCGAGAAGAAACGUACGGAGCCGAUUAUUAGGCAACUUAUACUGUAAAGUACGCUAUAUAUAAAUAAAAAUAAAUAACUCAAACAAAUAUAUAAAUGAAUAAAUAAAUAAGUAACUCUCUAUGUAAUACCCUGAUAUGAAUUAUGUAAAUAAAUAUUGGAGAUUGUAAACGCUCUUGUUUCUCUCUCUACGUUACGCUAUACAAAAAAAAACAUGUCAUACUAAAACAUUUAUUUCUAACGGAACAGGUUUUACUGUGAAUUAUUUCAAAUCGUAUUUCAAUGAAAAAACUGAACGCGAAGUUCCUUAAACAAUUCGUUCUUCAACAAAUGCAAACUCGACAAUUUACGCGCAAUGAUAUAAUUAAACAAAUAAAUUUUGCAAAUGAAUAUUGACGCGCUUGUU